AUGUUCGCGGCCGCACGACCAUUCUUCCCCAUCAUCCUUUCAAACAUCGCGCCAGGAACGACCGAUGGCGACAUUUGCACAGCUUUGGCUUCCUAUGGGACCGUUCACCACUGUUUUCUGCCCUGUGCGACUCAGGAAGAAGAACUUCGCGCUAUUGUUGUUUUCACCUGUCCGAAGGAAGCGAACCUGGCCAUCAAGGAACUCGACGGAGCCGAAGCCGAUGGUUACCUUCUAUCCGCUAGAGCGGCUCGUGACGGGGAACGCGCAUCACUUGCACUUCUUGCAAGAAUGAGUUGA